AUGUUUUCUCGUGGUAAGUAUGAGAGAGAUAGACAUGUAAGGCAGAAGAAGCUGAGAGAUCAAUCCAAGUCUGAACCAGAGGAAGAAAUCAAGGAGUAUCUUCAGGCCAAAAAGGCUCAAAAGGCAUCAAGUGAGAGAUUUGUGUGGUGGAAGAAGAUUGGAAAAGAUGUUGAACAUGGAAAACCGCUGGAUCAAUUAUUCUCCAUUAAAGCUCAGAAGAGAAGGCAUAGAGAGAAGAUGGCAGAGCUGGAAAAGUUAAAGAAGGCGAAAGAAAAGAGAGCAGCGGAGAGAGCUCGACAUGAGGAAGAUAUGGCGUUAUUGGCUAGAGAACGUUCACGAGCUGAGUUACAAGAUUGGGAGAAGAAAGAGGAAGAGUUCUGUUUCGAUCAAAGCAAGGUUAGGUCAAAGAUCAGGUUACGUCAAGGCAGAGCCAAGCCAAUCGACGUCCUCUACAAGCACUUGCAUGAUGAUUCAGAAUCAGAUGAUAUGGAAAUCGAGCUCAGUAGUGAACCCUACAUGGUUUUCAAGGGACUCACUGUUCAAGACUUGGAAGAGCUUCGUGAUGAUAUCAAAACGUAUCUUGAUUCGGAUCGUGAAACGUCAACACGUGUAAAGUAUUGGGAGUCUCUUCUUGUGGUAUGCGAUUGGGAGUUAACUGAGGCACGUAAAAGGGAUGCUAUUGAACUUCUUGCUCAAGAGAAGGGACUACAUUCUGGUGUUGAAGCUGAUGUUAGAAGACUUCUUGAUGGGAAGACACACUCGGAGCUUGUACAAAUGCAGCUGCACAUCGAAUCACAGCUAUUUUCUGGAGUAGCAAAAGUAGUUGAGUAUUGGGAAGCUGUUCUUAAACUCCUAGAUAUAUACAAGGCAAAGGCUUGCUUGAAGGAAAUACACGCUGAGACGAUGAUUAGACAUGUACAUCGCCUCGAAAAUGUUUCUUCAGACCCUGAAGAAGAAUCAUUCUCUCAAGAAGAGGCUGAUGAUAUGGAAGCAGAAGAGGCGGCUUGUUCGUUUUCUCCAGAGCUCAUGCACGGGGAUUAUGAUCGUGAAGAAGCAAUUGAUUCCCGGGGAAGACAAGAAGCUACUUGA